AUGCCCACUGAUUCAUUCUGUUUGAUUGCCCAGACUCGACUGGAUUCCAAAUGGUUGAAAACAGAUAUACAGCUUGCGUUCACAAGAGAUGGACUCUGUGGUCUGUGGAAUGAGAUGGUUAAAGAUGGAGAAAUUGUAUAUACUGGGACAGAAUUGACAUUCAGUGGAGAGCUCCCUCCUAGAAAAGAUGAUGGUGUUGAUAGUCAGAGUGGAACAAAGAAAGAAGAUCUGAAUGACAAAGAAAAAAAGGAUGAAGAAGAAACUCCUGUGUCAACAUAUAGGGCUAAGUCAAUAUUGGAGAGCUGGGUCUGGGGGAAGCAACCAGAUGUGAAUGAACUAAAGGAAUGUCUUGCUGUGCUGGUCAAAGAGCAACAAGCUGUGGCCUUCCAGUCAGCUACCUCCACCCUCUCAGCCCUCAGACUCAAGCAGAGGCUGGUGAUCUUGGAACGCUACUUCAUUGCCUUGAAUAGGUCUGUUUUUCAGGAGAAUGUCAAGGUUAAGUGGAAAAGUAGCAGUAUUUCGCUGCCUUCUGUGGACAAAAAAAGUUCCCGACCGACAGGCAAAGGAGUUGAGGGACUUGCAAGAGUUGGAUCCCGAGCAGCCCUUUCUUUUGCUUUUGCAUUUUUACGCAGAGCCUGGCGAUCAGGUGAAGAUGCAGACCUGUGCAGUGAGCUGUUGCAAGAGUCCCUGGAUGCCCUGAGAGCACUUCCUGAGGCCUCUCUCUUUGAUGAAAAUACUGUGUCUUCUGUGUGGCUAGAGGUUGUGGAAAGAGCUACAAGAUUUCUCCGAUCUGUUGUGACAGGGGAUGUCUAUGGGGCGCCUGGCACCAAAGGAACCGGGAGCAUUCCCCUGCAGGACCAGCACUUGGCCUUGGCCAUCCUGUUGGAGCUGGCCGUGCAGAGGGGCACUUUAAGUCAAAUGUUAUCUGCAGUCAUGUUAUUGCUGCAGUUGUGGGACAGUGGGACCCAAGAAACUGACAAUGAGCGGUCUGCACAGGGCACAAGUGCCCCUCUGCUGCCCUUGCUGCAGAGAUUCCAGGGCAUCCUCGGCAACAAGGAUGCACUUCACCCAGAGGCUGAUGUUCAUCUCUUAUCUGGCCCUCUCAGCCCCAAUGAGAGUUUCCUGAGGUACCUUACUCUACCACAAGACAAUGAGUUGGCCAUUGAUUUACGACAGACGGCAGUUGUCGUUACAGCCCACCUGGACCGCCUGGCAACCCCUUGUAUGCCUCCUCUGUGUAGCUCUCCAACAUCUCACAAGGGGUCAUUGCAAGAGGUCAUAGGUUGGGGGCUAAUAGGAUGGAAAUAUUAUGCCAAUGUGAUUGGUCCAAUUCAGUGUGAAAGCCUUGCCAGCCUGGGUGUCACACAGAUUGCCUGUGCAGAGAAGCGCUUCCUUAUUUUGUCAAGGAGUGGCCGUGUGUACACACAGACCUACAAUAGUGAUGCUCUGGCCCCGCAGCUGGUCCAGGGUCUUGCUUCUAGAAACAUUGUAAAAAUUGCUGCACAUUCUGAUGGUCAUCAUUACCUAGCCUUGGCAGCCACUGGAGAAGUUUAUUCCUGGGGGUGUGGGGAUGGAGGACGACUAGGUCAUGGGGACACUGUGCCUCUGGAAGAGCCCAAGGUGAUUUCUGCUUUUUCUGGGAAGCAGGCUGGGAAGCAUGUGGUGCACAUUGCUUGUGGAAGCACAUAUAGUGCGGCUAUCACUGCUGAGGGGGAGCUGUACACUUGGGGCAGGGGAAACUACGGUCGACUGGGCCAUGGCUCCAGCGAGGAUGAGGUCAUUCCAGUGCUUGUAGCUGGGCUGAAAGGACUGAAGGUUAUUGAUGUGGCAUGUGGAAGUGGGGAUGCUCAGACCCUGGCUGUGACAGAGAAUGGUCAGGUGUGGUCUUGGGGAGAUGGAGACUAUGGAAAAUUGGGCAGAGGUGGGAGUGAUGGCUGCAAAACGCCAAAACUUAUUGAAAAACUUCAAGACUUGGAUGUUGUUAAAGUACGCUGUGGAAGCCAGUUUUCAAUUGCUUUAACCAAAGAUGGACGAGUUUACUCAUGGGGAAAAGGUGACAAUCAAAGACUUGGGCAUGGAACAGAGGAACACGUUCGUUAUCCAAAACUACUGGAAGGCUUACAAGGGAAAAAAGUCAUUGAUGUGGCUGCAGGCUCCACACAUUGCCUUGCUUUGACUGAGGACAGUGAGGUCCACAGCUGGGGAAGCAACGACCAAUGUCAGCACUUUGAUACCUUACGUGUAACAAAACCAGAACCUGCUGCACUGCCAGGUCUUGAUACAAAGCACAUCGUUGGAAUUGCCUGUGGGCCUGCCCAGAGCUUUGCUUGGUCGUCUUGUUCUGAGUGGUCCAUUGGCCUCCGUGUUCCUUUUGUGGUAGACAUCUGCUCAAUGACAUUUGAGCAGUUGGACCUACUCCUCCGUCAAGUGAGUGAGGGGAUGGAUGGCAGUGCUGACUGGCCUCCACCUCAAGAAAAAGAGUGCAUGGCUGUGGCAAUGCUGAAUCUUCUACGACUUCAGUUGCAUGCUGCCAUUAGUCACCAGGUUGACCCAGAAUUCCUUGGCUUGGGCCUCGGUAGUGUGCUUCUGAACAGCUUGAAGCAAACUGUAGUAACCUUGGCCAGCAGUGCGGGUGUCCUUAGCACUGUGCAACUAGCUGCACAAGCAGUGCUGCAGAGUGGAUGGUCGCUGUUGCUGCCGACUGCUGAGGAACGAGCACGGGCACUUUCAGCACUUUUACCCUGUGCAGUUUCAGGUAAUGAAGUGAACGUAAGUCCUGGCCGUCGAUUCAUGAUUGAUCUUCUGGUCGGUAGCCUAAUGGCUGAUGGUGGGUUAGAAUCUGCCUUAAAUGCAGCUAUUACUGCUGAAAUCCAGGAUAUUGAAGCAAAAAAAGAAGCUCAGAAGGAAAAGGAAAUUGAUGAACAGGAAGCAAAUGCCUCAUCAUUUCAUAGGAAUAGAACUCCAUUGGAUAAAGACCUUAUUAAUACAGGCAUCUAUGAAUCUUCUGGAAAACAAUGCUUGCCUCUGGUUCAGCUCAUACAACAGCUUCUUAGAAACAUUGCUGCACAGACUGUGGCCAGAUUGAAAGAUGCUGCUCGUAGAAUUUCAUCAUAUCUCGAUUUUGAGCAACACACUCGUGAAAGAUCUGCUUCCCUGGACUUAUUACUCCGCUUUCAGCGUUUACUUAUCAGUAAACUUUACCCAGGAGAUAGUGUUGGUCAAAUCUCUGAUAUUUCUAGUCCUGAACUAAUGGGUGUUGGUUCCUUGCUGAAAAAGUACACAGCUCUUUUGUGCACACACAUCCGUGAUAUACUCCCUGUGGCAACUAGUAUUGCUGCUUCUAGCUGGCGGCACUUUGCAGAAGUGGCUUACAUCAUGGAAGGAGAUUUCACUGGUGUUCUACUUCCAGAACUAGUGGUAUCUGUAAUGCUUUUGCUCAGUAAAAAUGCUGGUCUCAUGCAAGAGGCUGGAGCUGUUCCCCUUUUGGGUGGCCUUUUAGAAGAUCUGGACCGGUUCAACCGCCUGGCACCAGGAGAAGAAAGGGAUGACCAUGAAGAUUUAGCUUGGCCUGGCAUUAUGGAGUCAUUUUUUACAGGUCAGAACUAUAGAAAUAAUGAAGAGGUGACCCUGAUCCGUAAAGCUGAUCUGGAGAACCACAAUAAAGAUGGUGGCUUUUGGACAGUGAUCGAUGGAAAAGUGUACGACAUCAAAGACUUUCAGGCGCAGUCAGUAACAGGGAAUAGCAUUCUUGCUCAGUUUGUAGGGGAAGACCCCGUAGUUGCUCUGGAAGCUGCUUUGCACUUUGAAGAUACACAGGAAUCAAUGCAUGCAUUUUGUGUGGGCCAGUACUUGGAGCCUGAUCAAGAAGUCGUUACCAUUCCAGACCUGGGAAGCCUCUCUUCACCUCUCAUAGACACGGAGAGAAAUUUGGGACUCCUUCUUGGCUUGCAUGCUUCCUACUUAGCUGUGAGCACACCGCUGUCUCCUGUUGAGGUUGAAUGCUCCAAGUGGCUCCAGUCAUCUGUCUUCUCUGGAGGCCUGCAAACCAGUCAGAUCCACUAUAGCUACAAUGAGGAGAAGGAUGAAGACCACUGCAGCUCUCCUGGUGGCACUCCUGCUAGCAAAUCACGACUCUGUAACUACAGAUGGCCAUUGGGUGACCAUUCCCAGGCUUUUCUGCAGGCCAUUGCUGACAACAACAUGCAGGACCACACUGUCAAGGACUUUCUGUGUCAAAUAGAAAGGUACUGUAAGCAGUGUCACUUGACCACACCAAUCACAUUUCCUCCUGAGCAUCCUGUGGAAGAAGUUGGUCGCUUGUUACUGUGUUGCCUCUUAAAACAUGAGGAUUUAGGUCAUGUGGCAUUAUCUUUAGUUCAUACAAAUACACUUGGUAUUGAGCAAGUAAAACAUAGGACAUUACCUAAAUCAGUAGUGGAUGUUUGUAGAGUUGUCUACCAAGCAAAAUGCUCACUAAUUAAGACUCACCAGGAGCAAGGCCGUUCAUACAAGGAAGUCUGUGCUCCUGUUAUUGAACGUUUGAGAUUCCUUUUUAAUGAAUUGAGACCUGCAGUUUGUAGUGACCUCUCCAUAAUAUCAAAGUUUAAGUUAUUAAGUUCUUUGCCCCGUUGGAGGAGGAUAGUGCAGAAGUUAAUUAGAGAACGAAGAAAAAAGAGAGUUCCUAAAAAGCCAGACUCUACUAAUGAAGAAAAAAAUGGAAAUGAAGAGAGUGAUUUAGAUGAAGCUUGUGUUUUAGAUACCAGUCCUGUAAAUGUGGACAGAAGACCUGUUACAGUUAAAUCUCCAAAGGAUAAAUGGCAACCACUACUGAGUACAGUUACAGGUGUCCAUAAAUAUAAAUGGCUUAAGCAAAAUGUACAGGAUCUUUAUCCACAAUCUGCACUUCUUAAUACAAUCACUGAAUUUGCCCUUAAAGAAGAACCAGUGGAUGUGGAAAAAAUGAGAAAAUGUUUAUUAAAACAGUUGGAGAGAGCAGAGGUUCGUCUGGAAGGGAUAGAUACAAUUUUGAAACUGGCAGCCAAAAAUUUCUUACUUCCGUCUGUGCAGUAUGCUGUCUUUUGUGGAUGGCAAAGACUUAUUCCUGAGGGGAUCAACAUAGGGGAGCCCCUUACUGAUUGUUUGAAGGAUGUAAAUCUCAUACCACCUUUCAAUCGAAUGCUGCUGGAAGUUACUUUUGGCAAACUAUAUGCCUGGGCUGUUCAAAAUAUUCGGAAUGUUUUGAUGGAUGCAAAUACCAGAUUUAAAGACCUUGGUAUUCAGCCUGUUCCCCUGCAAACCAUUACUAAUGAGAACCCAUCAGGACCAAGCCUGGGGACGAUCCCACAAGCUCGCUUUCUCCUGGUGAUGCUUAGCAUGUUGACCCUCCAGCAUGGUGCAAACAAUCUGAAUCUCCUGCUGAACUCUGGUAUGCUUGCUCUUACACAGACGGCACUGCGACUGAUAGGCCCUAGUUCUGACAAUGUAGAAGAAGAUAUUAAUGCUUCUGCUCAAGGAGCCUCUGCCACUGUUCUGGAAGAAACAAGGAAGGAUACAACUCCUAUGCAAGUCCCUGUGUCAGGGCCUGAGCUGGCAGCCAUGAUGAAGAUUGGAACAAGGGUUAUUAGAGGUGUGGACUGGAAAUGGGGAGAUCAGGAUGGACCACCACCUGGCCUGGGUCGUGUGAUUGGUGAGCUGGGAGAGGAUGGCUGGAUAAGGGUCCAGUGGGACACAGGCAGUACCAACUCAUACAGAAUGGGGAAGGAAGGAAAGUAUGACCUCAGAUUGGCAGAGCUUCAGGCUUCUGUCCAGCCCUUGGCAGAGGAUUUGGACACUGAGGAAGACUCUGAAACAGAACAGUUUGAAGGGAUUAUUCAUCCCACGACAAUGAUACUUACAAGUACUAUUAAUUUGCUACAAACUCUCUGUCUGUCUGCUGGAGUACAUGCUGAAGUUCUGCAGAGUGAAGCCACUAAGACUUUGUGUGGAUUGCUCCGCAUGCUAGUGGAAAGUGGGACAACCGAAAGAACAGCUCUUCCAAACAAGCUAGUGUGCAAGGAACAGCACAGGAGCUGGUGCACACUCGGGUUUGUGCGGAGCAUUGCUCUCAUGCCGCAGAUGUGUGGUGCCCUUAGCUCCCCGGCCUGGAUCACCCUGCUCAUAAAGAUAGUAGAAGGACAUGCGCCUUUCACAGCUGCAUCGCUGCAGAGGCAGAUCUUAGCUGUACAUUUACUGCAAGCAGUACUUCCAUCAUGGGACAAGACGGAGAGGUCAAGGGACAUGAAAAGCCUUGUGGAAAAGCUCUUUGGUUUCUUGGGCAGUUUGCUUACUACAUGUUCUUCCGAUAUCCCAUUGCUCAGAGAAACCACUCUGAGGAGGAAGAGAGCCCGCCCUCAGGCUUCCCUUACAGCCACUCACAGCAGCACUCUAGCAGAAGAGGUGGUGGUGCUGCUGAGGACAUUGCACUCCUUGAGCCAGUGGAAUGGACUUAUAAACAAGUACAUCAACUCUCAGCUCCACUCGAUCACCUUCGGCUUGGCAGGAAAGCAGUCAGAAGGGGUACUCUUACUGAUGGAAGAUCAGUUUCCCAAUGCUGACAACCCUGAGAUAGGAGGCCUCAUGGCAGUAUUGGCUGUCAUUGGGGGGAUCGAUGGCCGCCUGCGUCUUGGAGGCCAAGUCACUCAUGAUGAGUUUGGAGAAGGCAUUGUCACUCGCAUCACUCCGAAGGGCAGAAUCACUGUGCAGUUCACUGAUAUGCGAGCACGUCGAGUUUGUCCACUGAGCCAGCUCAAGGCGAUCCCAGCUGUGGCAUUCAGUGUGACCAACCUGCCUUUCACAGAACCCAUGCUUUCCAUCUGGGCUCAGCUGGUGAACCUUGCAGGAAGCAAAAUGGAAAAGCACAAAAUAAAGAAAUCACCUAAACAGACCUUUGCAGGACAAGUGGACUUAGACCUUCUGCGAUGCCAACAGCUGAAGCUGUACAUACUGAAAGCUGGGCGUGCACUGCUUUCCCACCAAGAUAAAUUGCGGCAAAUUUUAUCCCAGCCAGCUGUUCAAGAGAUGGGAACUGUUCAGACAGAUGAUGGAACACCUGUAUCCCCUGACACUGGAGACAUGUCUCCUGAAGGGCCACAGCCUCCAAUAACCCUCUUGCAGCAGUUGCUGGUAUCAGCCACGCAGCCAUCUCCAGUAAAGGCCAUAUUUGAUAAACAGGAACUGGAGGCUGCUGCUUUGGCUGUGUGCCAGUGUUUAGCUGUAGAGUCGGCGCACCCAUCCAGCCCCCUGUGUGAGGAUUGCAGCUCCAGUGAGGCUACAACACCAAUCACAAUGCAUCAUGCACGCCCCAUCAGAGUGAGAAAGCGCAAGCAUUCACCUGUACCGGCUCUCCCUAUUAUUGCUCAGCUCACAGAAAUGGGAUUUCCUAGAAGAAACAUCGAGUUUGCACUGAAGUCACUCUCUGGAUCUUCGGGCAAUGCUUCAGGGUUGCCUGGUGUUGAGGCCUUGGUUGGGUGGUUGCUGGACCACUCUGAUGUUCAUAUCACCGAUGUCUCAGAUGCAGACACAGUGUCAGAUGAAUAUUCAGAUGAAGAAUUGGUGGAGGACACGGACAACACUGCUUAUCCCAUGUGUACUGCUGCUGUUGUAACAGAGAGCCAGACUUACAAAAAACGAGCUGAUUUCUUAAGUAAUGAUGAUUAUGCUGUAUAUGUGAGAGAAAAUAUUCAGGUGGGAAUGAUGGUUAGAUGCUGUCGAACCUAUGAAGAGGUCUGUGAAGGAGAUGUGGGCAAAGUUAUCAAGCUGGAUAGAGAUGGAUUACAUGACCUCAAUGUUCAGUGUGAUUGGCAACAGAAGGGAGGCACUUACUGGGUUAGGUAUAUUCAUGUAGAAAUUAUAGGCUAUCCACCACCAAGUUCUCCUUCUCACAUAAAGAUUGGUGAUAAAGUACGGGUCAAAACUUCAGUUACUACACCAAAAUACAAAUGGGGAUCAGUAACUCAUCAGAGCAUGGGGGUUGUGAAAGCUUUCAGCGCCAAUGGGAAAGAUGUCAUUGUUGACUUUCCCCAGCAGUCUCAUUGGACUGGAUUGUUAUCAGAAAUGGAGUUGAUACCUAGUAUUCAUCCUGGCGUUACAUGUGACGGAUGUCAAAUGUUUCCUAUCAAUGGAUCUAGAUUCAAAUGCAGAAACUGUGAUGACUUUGAUUUUUGUGAAAUGUGUUUCAAGACCAAAAAACACAACUUCAGGCAUACAUUUGGCAGAAUAAAUGAACCAGGACAGUUGGCAGUAUUUUGUGGCCGUUCUGGAAAACAACUGAAACGCUGUCACAGUAGUCAGCCAGGAAUGCUUCUUGACAGUUGGUCCCGCAUGGUGAAGAGCUUGAAUGUGUCAUCUUCUGUGAACCAGGCAGCUCAUCUCAUCGAUGGUAGUGAACCUUGUUGGCAAUCGUCUGGGUCCCAAGGAAAGCACUGGAUUCGUUUGGAGAUUUUCCCCGAUGUUCUUGUUCAUAGAUUAAAAAUGAUAGUAGAUCCUGCUGACAGCAGCUACAUGCCUUCUCUGGUUGUCGUAUCAGGUGGAAAUUCACUGAAUAACCUAAUUGAACUAAAGACAAUUAAUAUUAACCCUACCGACACCACAGUCCCACUUCUGAGUGACUGCACAGAAUAUCACAGAUAUAUUGAAAUUGCUAUAAAGCAGUGCAGGAGCUCAGGAAUAGAUUGUAAAAUCCAUGGGCUUAUCAUACUGGGACAGAUUCGUGCAGAGGAAGAAGAUUUGGCUGCAGUUCCUUUCUUGGCUUCAGACAAUGAGGAAGAAGAAGAUGAUAAAAGCAGCAGUGGGACCUUUAUGAGAAAGAAGGCUACAGGUCUGGAAUCCACAGCUACGAUAAGAACCAAAGUAUUUGUAUGGGGCCUGAAUGACAAGGACCAGCUGGGCGGACUGAAAGGCUCUAAGAUAAAGGUUCCUUCAUUCUCAGAGACCUUGUCUGCUUUGAAUGUAGUACAGGUGGCUGGAGGUUCUAAAAGCUUGUUUGCAGUGACUGUAGAAGGCAAGGUCUAUGCCUGUGGAGAAGCCACCAACGGACGGCUGGGGCUAGGCCUCUCCAGUGGAACUGUGCCCAUCCCACGGCAGAUCACGGCUCUCAGCAGCUACGUGGUGAAAAAAGUGGCUGUGCACUCAGGUGGCCGGCAUGCAACGGCUUUAACUGUGGAUGGCAAAGUCUUUUCCUGGGGUGAAGGUGAUGAUGGAAAACUUGGACAUUUUAGCAGAAUGAACUGUGAUAAGCCCAGGCUGAUUGAGGCCCUGAAAACAAAACGCAUCCGAGACAUCGCCUGUGGGAGCUCUCACAGUGCAGCCAUUACAUCCAGUGGAGAGCUGUAUACAUGGGGUCUUGGAGAAUAUGGCCGGCUGGGGCAUGGAGAUAAUACCACUCAACUCAAGCCCAAAAUGGUAAAAGUCCUCCUUGGUCACAGAGUAAUCCAGGUCGCGUGUGGGAGUAGAGAUGCACAGACUCUAGCUUUGACUGAUGAAGGUCUGGUAUUUUCUUGGGGUGAUGGUGACUUUGGAAAAUUGGGCCGAGGAGGAAGUGAAGGCUGUAACAUUCCCCAGAACAUUGAACGACUGAAUGGACAGGGAGUUUGCCAGAUUGAGUGUGGUGCGCAGUUUUCUUUGGCUCUUACAAAGUCAGGAGUGGUGUGGACAUGGGGGAAAGGGGAUUACUUCAGGCUGGGUCAUGGCUCUGAUGUCCAUGUACGAAAGCCACAGGUGGUGGAAGGCCUGAGAGGGAAGAAGAUCAUGCAUGUGGCAGUUGGUGCCCUGCAUUGCCUUGCUGUCACUGACGUGGGGCAGGUAUAUGCUUGGGGUGAUAAUGACCAUGGACAACAAGGCAAUGGCACAACCACAGUCAAUAGAAAGCCUACACUUGUGCAAGGCUUGGAAGGGCAGAAAAUCACACGCGUGGCCUGUGGUUCUUCUCACAGUGUGGCCUGGACAACUGUCGAUGUAGCAACGCCCUCGGUUCAUGAACCAGUUCUUUUCCAAACUGCAAGAGACUCUUUAGGUGCUUCCUAUUUAGGUGUACAUUCAGAUACUGAUUCCUCUGCUUCCAGUAAUAAAGUCAGUGGUGCAAAUAAUUGUAAACCAAACCGACCUUCUCUAACCAAGAUUCUUUUGUCGUUGGAUGGAAAUCUUGCAAAACAGCAGGCCUUGUCUCAUAUACUCACAGCAUUGCAAAUCAUGUAUGCCAGAGACGCAGCAGUGGGAGCCCUAAUGCCGGCUGGCAUGAUGGCACGAGUGGAAUGUCCUUCAUUCUCAUCCCCAGCACCCUCUUCUGACAUGUCUGCCAUUGUCAGCCCCAUGAGUGGAGAGGAUUGUAUGCUGGCUGUUGAUUUUGAAGACAGAUUGAGCCCAAAUCUGUGGCAAGAAAAGAGAGGAGAGAUGAUUUCUUCUGAAGAUACUGUGACACCCUCUGCAGUGACCCCUUCUGCUACUUCAGCUUCUUCCCGGCCAUUCAUUCCUGUAACAGAUGAUCCAGGAGCAGCCAGCAUCAUUGCAGAAACAAUGACCAAAACCAAAGAAGAUGCCGAAAGCCAUAAUAAAGCAUCAGGCCCAGAACCUCAGUAUCUGGAUGAGUUCACCAGUUUGUUAAUCGCAGAUGAUACCCGAGUCCUGGUAGAUCUCCUCAAGCUGUCUGUCUGUAGCCGUGCUGGGGAGAGGGGCAAAGAAGUUCUCUCAGCUGUUCUGUCAGGCAUGGGCACUACUUACCCUCAGGUUGCAGAUACUUUGCUGGAACUCUGUGUAACUGAAUUAGAGGAUGUUGCUACAGACUCACAGAGUGGCCGCCUUUCCUCACAGCCAGUCGUGGUGGAGAGCAGCCAUCCUUACACUGAUGACACAUCCACCAGUGGCACCGUGAAAAUACCAGGUGCAGAAGGACUCAGGGUAGAGUUUGACCGACAGUGUUCCACAGAACGGCGCCAUGACCCACUCACUGUGAUGGAUGGUGUCAACAGGAUUGUCUCAGUGCGAUCAGGCCGUGAAUGGUCUGACUGGUCCAGUGAGCUGCGGAUCCCAGGGGAUGAGUUGAAGUGGAAGUUCAUCAGUGAUGGGUCUGUGAAUGGAUGGGGCUGGCGCUUCACUGUCUAUCCUAUCAUGCCUGCUGCAGGUCCAAAAGACCUUCUUUCUGAUCGCUGCAUCCUCUCCUGUCCAUCCAUGGACCUGGUAACCUGUCUACUUGACUUCCGACUGAACCUUGCCUCGCACAGGAGCAUUGUCCCUCGCCUGGCAGCCUCCCUCGCUGCAUGUGCACAACUGAGUGCCUUAGCUGCCGGUCAUAGAAUGUGGGCCCUUCAAAGAUUGAGGAAGCUGCUCACCACUGAAUUUGGACAGUCCAUUAACAUAAGCAGGCUACUUGGUGAUAAUGAUGGAGAAGCAAGAGCUUUGAGUUUUACAGGCAGUGCUCUGGCUGCUUUGGUGAAAGGCCUUCCAGAAGCUUUACAGAGGCAGUUUGAAUAUGAGGAUCCUAUUGUGAGAGGUGGAAAACAGCUACUUCAUAGCCCGUUCUUUAAGGUACUGGUAGCUCUUGCUUGUGACUUGGAACUAGACACUCUUCCUUGCUGUGCUGAGACGCACAAAUGGGCUUGGUUCAGAAGGUACUGCAUGGCUUCCCGAGUUGCCGUCGCCCUGGAUAAAAGGAUGUCAUUGCCUCGCCUAUUUCUGGAGGAGGUGGCUAAGAAAAUUCGUGAGUUAAUGGCAGACAGUGAAAACCUCGAUAUUCUCCAUGAAAGUCAUGAUAUUUUUAAGAGAGAGCAAGAUGAACAGCUGGUGCAGUGGAUGAACAGGCGACCAGAUGACUGGACACUCUCUGCUGGGGGCAGUGGCACCAUUUAUGGAUGGGGCCAUAACCAUAGGGGGCAGCUUGGAGGCAUUGAAGGUGCCAAAGUUAAAGUCCCUACUCCAUGUGAAGCCCUUGCAACUCUCAGACCAGUGCAGCUAAUUGGAGGAGAACAGACUCUUUUUGCUGUGACAGCUGAUGGAAAGCUGUAUGCCACUGGAUACGGUGCAGGGGGCAGACUAGGAAUUGGAGGGACGGAGUCUGUAUCUACCCCAACAUUGCUUGAAUCCAUUCAGCAUGUGUUUAUUAAGAAAGUAGCAGUGAACUCAGGAGGAAAACAUUGUCUUGCCCUUUCUUCAGAAGGAGAAGUUUACUCUUGGGGUGAGGCAGAAGAUGGGAAGUUGGGGCAUGGCAACAGAAGCCCAUGUGAUCGCCCUCGUGUGAUUGAAUCUCUGAGAGGAAUUGAAGUGAUUGAUAUUGCUGCAGGUGGAGCCCACAGUGCAUCUGUCACAGCUGCUGGAGACCUCUACACAUGGGGCAAAGGCAGAUACGGCCGCUUGGGGCACAGUGAUAGUGAAGACCAACUGAAGCCAAAGUUGGUGGAAGCCCUCCAGGGCCACCGUGUAGUUGAUAUUGCCUGUGGCAGUGGUGAUGCCCAGACCCUCUGCCUCACAGAUGAUGACGCCGUGUGGUCUUGGGGGGAUGGCGACUAUGGCAAGCUCGGCAGAGGAGGCAGUGAUGGCUGUAAAGUGCCAAUGAAGAUUGACUCUCUUACAGGCCUUGGUGUGGUCAAAGUGGAAUGCGGAUCCCAAUUCUCUGUCGCGCUUACCAAGUUGGGAGCAGUUUACACUUGGGGCAAAGGGGACUACCACAGAUUGGGCCAUGGAUCUGAUGACCAUGUUAGAAGACCUCGGCAGGUCCAAGGACUACAGGGAAAGAAAGUCAUUGCCAUUGCUACUGGUUCCCUGCACUGUGUGUGCUGCACAGAGGACGGAGAAGUUUAUACAUGGGGUGACAAUGACGAGGGACAGCUGGGUGAUGGUACCACAAAUGCCAUCCAGAGGCCACGGUUGGUAGCUGCUCUUCAGGGUAAGAAGGUCAACCGUGUGGCCUGUGGCUCAGCACAUACACUUGCCUGGUCUACCAGUAAGCCUGCCAGUGCUGGGAAGCUCCCUGCACAGGUCCCCAUGGAGUACAAUCAUUUACAGGAAAUUCCAAUAAUAGCACUACGGAACCGGUUGCUGCUAUUGCACCACAUCUCAGAGCUCUUCUGUCCAUGCAUCCCCAUGUUCGACCUUGAUGGAUGUCUCCAUGACACUGGACUUGGACCUUCAGUUGGGUUUGACACACUUCGAGGAAUUCUUAUAUCUCAGGGAAAGGAAGCAGCUUUCCGAAAAGUUGUACAAGCAACCAUGGUCCGAGAUCGUCAGCAUGGCCCAGUGGUGGAGCUUAAUCGGAUCCAGGUCAAACGCUCAAGGAGUAAAGGUGGACUAGCAGGCCCUGAUGGUACAAAGUCUGUCUUUGGGCAGAUGUGUGCUAAAAUGAGUGCAUUUAGUCCAGACAGCCUCCUCCUUCCACACAGAGUCUGGAAAGUCAAAUUUGUGGGUGAGUCUGUGGAUGACUGUGGUGGUGGCUACAGCGAGUCCAUAGCAGAAAUCUGUGAGGAGCUUCAGAACGGACUCACUCCUCUUCUGAUUGUGACACCCAAUGGCAGAGAUGAGUCUGGGGCCAACCGGGAUUGCUACCUGCUGAGCCCUGCUGCACGGGCCCCUGUGCACACAAGCAUGUUCCGCUUCCUGGGUGUUUUAUUGGGCAUAGCCAUCCGCACUGGGAGUCCACUCAGCCUCAGCCUCGCAGAGCCCGUCUGGAAGCAGCUGGCUGGAAUGAGUCUCACCAUUGCUGACCUCAGUGAGGUGGACAAAGAUUUCAUCCCUGGGCUCAUGUACAUUCGUGACAAUGAGGCUACUUCUGAGGAGUUUGAGGCCAUGAGCCUGCCCUUUACCGUGCCCAGUGCAAGUGGCCAGGACAUCCAGCUGAGCUCCAAGCACACCCAUAUCACACUGGACAACCGGGCUGAGUAUGUCCGUCUGGCCAUAAACUACAGACUCCAUGAAUUUGAUGAGCAGGUAGCUGCUGUUCGGGAAGGGAUGGCCCGAGUAGUGCCUGUGCCCCUUCUCUCUCUGUUCACUGGAUAUGAACUAGAAACAAUGGUCUGUGGCAGCCCAGAUAUCCCUUUGCAUCUUUUGAAGUCAGUGGCAACAUAUAAAGGGAUUGAGCCAUCUGCUCCUCUGAUCCAGUGGUUCUGGGAGGUGAUGGAGUCCUUCUCCAAUACAGAGCGCUCCCUCUUCCUACGGUUUGUGUGGGGCCGGACCAGGCUACCGAGGACCAUUGCUGACUUCCGAGGCAGAGACUUUGUCAUCCAGGUAUUGGACAAAUACAAUCCUCCUGACCAUUUCCUUCCUGAAUCAUACACAUGUUUCUUUUUACUGAAGUUACCCAGGUAUUCCUGUAAACAGGUCCUGGAGGAAAAACUGAAGUAUGCCAUCCAUUUCUGUAAAUCAAUUGACACAGAUGAUUAUGCCCGCAUAGCCCUCACAGGAGAACCAGCUGCCAAUGACAGCAGCGAUGACUCAGAUAAUGAAGAUGUUGAUUCUUUUGCCUCAGACUCUACACAAGAUUAUCUAACAGGUCACUAG